GUUUUGAGGAUUAGAUGGGGAUUAGCAGAAGAAAAGGCAAUAUCUGCAGUCACUUCCAGUGGUCUGUCCUGUUCUGUUAGCACUGUUACUCUUCAGGAUGUCAUACCAAGUUCUCUACUCGAUGCAAACACUAAAUAUCUUUUGAAUCCUUGCGGUGACUUCCAUAUUGGAGGACCACAAUGUGACGCUGGAUUAACAGGUCGAAAAGUUAUUGUGGACACAUAUGGCGGUUGGGGAGCACAUGGUGGAGGAGCGUUCUCAGGCAAAGACGCCACAAAAGUCGAUCGAAGUGGUGCCUACGGUGCUAGAUGGGUAGCGAAAUCGCUAGUGGCCGCAAAAAUUUGUAGACGAGUUCUCAUUCAGGUUUCCUAUGCGAUCGGAAUCGCGGAACCUCUGUCCGUAACGGUAAUGUCAUACGGAACAACACCGCUAAACCAGAAGGAAUUGCUAACAGUAAUACGCGAUAAUUUCGACUUGCGUCCAGGAGUGCUUAUUCGGGAACUUGGUUUAAAACAACCGAUCUUCGAAGCCACAGCAAGAAAUGGCCAUUUCGGACACUCGGAAUUUCCAUGGGAACAACCAAAAAGACUGGUGAUCCGACCGGAACUACAACAAAAACUCGCAGCGUUCAAAAGAAGAGAUGAGAACUGA